AUGGAACAGCUUCACAAGCUGCACAACUAUUUCAUCUUUUUCUUUUCUCCAGACUCUAGUAAAGAGCUAGAAGAGCUGAGGGCAUCAUAUGUUCGUGCUGUUGACUAUCUUAAGCAUGAAGUGGAGGAACGUUUCAGUGAGAGUGGAGACCCAUCAUGUAGCAUAAUGCAAAACUGGGCCAGCGUAGAGGCACGACACUGUAACAACAUGCAGAAAGCUAGGGAGAUAUGGGACAGUAUUAUGACCAGAGGAAAUUCUAAAUUUGCCAACAUGUGGCUUGAAUACUACAAUUUGGAGAGAGCACACGGAGAUACCCAACACUGUAGGAAGGCCUUACAUCGAGCUGUCCAAUGCACUACAGACUAUCCAGAGCAUGUGUGUGACGUUCUCCUUGCUUUGGAGAGAAUAGAGGGCUCAUUAGAAGACUGGGAUACAGCUGUACAGAAGACAGAAAAUAAGUUGUCUCGAAUCAGUGAGCAGCGAGCAAAGGCUGCUGCAAAAGAAGCAAAACUAGCCCAACAGGAAGAGGAGAAAGCUGACCAGAAGAAAAAAUUGAGAGCGGAGAAAAAAGCUUCAAAGAAAUUUAAAAAAGCAAAACCUGGAGAGAAACGGAAAGUGGAGGAUGAGGAGGAGGAAGAGGAGGAGUGGGGGGAGGAGGCAGAGCACCCUAGUAAGAAGCACCGAGGUGAUGGGGAACAAUUAGAUGAAAUUGAUACUGAAGAAAUGGAGACAGAAAUGGGCCUAUUUGGCAGGUCUGCUCCUACCAAGGCCAAUACUCAAGCCAAUCAGAAAGUGACAGCUGUGAAAGAGCAACCUAGGGUGUUGCAUGACCGGAACAAGGACGACAUCACAGUAUUUGUUAGUAACCUGCCGUUUAGCAUGUCUGAGCCAGAGACAAAACUCAAGAAUGUGUUCUCUGGCUGUGGGGAGAUCUCACAGAUCCGACCUAUCUACAGUAAUAAAGGAACAUUCAGAGGAUAUUGUUAUGUGGAGUUUACAGAGGAAAAAGGUGCGCUAAAUGCACUUAACCUUGAUCGACAGGAGGUCAAUGGGAGGCCUAUGUUUGUGUCACCUUGUGUGGACAAGAACAAGAAUCCAGAAUUCAAGGUGUUCAAAUACAGUACUGCACUAGAGAAACACAAGCUGUUUGUCUCUGGAUUACCAUUCUCCUGCACCAAAGCGGAACUGGAGGAACUUUUUAAAGAGCAUGGGUCUUUGAGGGAGAUUCGGCUGGUGACCAACCGUUCAGGAAAGCCAAAGGGAUUGGCGUAUGUGGAGUAUGAAAAUGAGACACAAGCAUCUCAAGCUGUACUCAAGUUGGAUGGCUCAAAAAUCAAGGAUCAUGUUAUCCAAGUGGCAAUUAGUAAUCCCCCAAGAAGAAGGCAAACAGAAGUGCCCGAAACCACACGGUCUGCAGUACCCAUGAUUCCACGACAAGCUUAUGGAGCUAGGGGGAAAGGAAGAACUCAGCUUGCAUUAUUACCCCGCUCUUUGCAUCGUCAGAGCACACCUGCCACCUCAAAAACAGAAAAUGGGACUUCCCAAACAGAGCCAACCUCAUCCACUGGUGCAGCACAUCCCAAAAAGAUGUCCAAUGCAGACUUUGCCAGGAUGCUGUUUGAGAAGUGAUCAAAAGAGAACAUGGACCAGGAAAAUGUGAAAUAGUGCCCUUUGUGUCCUUAUCCAUCUCUUGAGGAUCGUUAUAGCUAUAUUUACUUGCUUGGACUACAGGAUCUGCCCAGUUGAGAUAUAGAGUGCAAAUAAACUUGUACAUUUUGUUUUCUUUCCAGUUAUUUUUUAUUUUUGUGCUUAAAUAGCACAAACUGAAUGCAUCCUCAUUUUCCUCAUAUUGAGGCACAAAUAUAUCAUAGGAGCAGUCUAUUUUGGGUAUGUUUGCUUAAGGAAAGCAUUAUUGUAUAAUCUUUAUCACAAGUACUGGCAAAGAGGGAUAUCCCUAAAAUAUGUAUUUUAUAUAAAUGACCUAAAUGUACUUUGCUCUCCCUUGUAAUUAAAAAAAUGUUUUGUGUUGAAUA